CCCUCUCUCUCGUUCGUUCCUUCCUCCCCACUAGCCGCCGCCGCCGCCACGCGCGGGCGAAAACCCUAGCCGCCUCAAGGGGAGAGAGAGAGAGAGGGAGAGGGGGCAAUCCGAUCCGAUGGCGUCCGGGGAUGACCAGGCCGCCGCCGCCGCCGCGCUGCUGGGAGGGGACCCGGCCGCGUUCGACGCGCUGCUCUCGACGCUCAUGUCGUCGUCCAACGCCGACCGCGCCGCCGCCGAGGCCGCGUUCCACCGCCUCCGCUCGUCCCACCCGGAGCCGCUCGCGCUCCGCCUCGCGUCGUCGCUGUCGUCGCCCGCCACCCCCGCCGACCUCCGCGCCAUGGCCGCCGUCCUCCUCCGCAAGCUGCUGUCCCCGACGCCCUCCUCCGACGCGUCCAGCGGCGCGGCCGCGGCGCCGCUCUGGCCCCACCUCUCCCCGGCGGGGCAGACCGCGCUCAAGUCGCAUCUCCUCUCGGCGCUCCAGUCCGACCCGCCGAAGCCCAUCGCGAAGAAGGUCUGCGACGCCGUGUCCGAACUCGCCGCGCUUCUCCUGCCGGAGAACGCGUGGGCCGAGCUGCUCCCUUUCCUAUUCCGCGCAGCAUCGGGUCCCGAGGCUCCCAACCUGCAGGAGUCCGCCCUUCUCAUCUUCGCUCGUCUGGCAGAUUACAUCGCUGAAUCUCUCCUCGAUCAUCUGAUGACUAUCCACAACCUGCUCUCCACUGCCCUGGCGCACCCAACAUCUCCUGAUGUGCGCAUCGCUGCAUUGAGUGCUGCGGUUAACCUCGUCCAGUGCUUGCCCACCAACGCCGACCGUGAUAAGAUGCAGGAUUUGCUUCCUGCGAUGAUGAGAGCGCUCACAGAUUGCCUAAACUCUGGUCAGGAGGCCUCUGCACAGGAGGCGCUGGAGCUUCUUGUUGAACUGGCUGGUGCAGAGCCAAGGUUCCUGCGGCGGCAGAUUGGGGAUGUUGUAGGAGCAAUGCUGCAGAUAUCUGAGGCCGCGCAGCUGGAGGACGGGACUAGGCACCUCGCUGUAGAGUUCGUGAUUACUCUUGCUGAGGCGAGGGAGCGUGCACCAGGAAUGAUGCGGCGCCUCCCGCAAUUUGUUGGCAGGCUGUUUGCAGUGCUCAUGCAGAUGUUGCUUGAUGUAGAGGAUGAACCAGCUUGGCACACUGCUGAGACAGAGGAUGAAGAUGCGGGUGAAGGAAACAAUUAUGGAGUAGCACAGGAGUGCCUUGACCGUCUAGCGAUUGCCAUUGGUGGGAAUGCAAUUGUGCCAAUCGCAUCUGAGCUGCUCCCACAGUACCUUUCUGCUCCUGAGUGGCAGAAGCACCAUGCCGCGCUCAUCACACUUGCACAGAUCGCAGAAGGAUGUGCGAAGGUGAUGCUUAAAAAUCUGGAGCAGGUAGUCUCUAUGAUACUGAAUGGAUUCCAACACCCCCAUCCUCGUGUACGGUGGGCUGCAAUCAAUGCCAUUGGUCAGCUAUCUACUGAUUUGGGUCCAGAUCUGCAAGUUCAUUAUCAUCAGCAGGUGCUGCCUGCAUUGGCAAAUGCCAUGGAUGAUUUUCAGAAUCCACGGGUACAGGCACAUGCUGCAUCAGCUAUAUUGAAUUUCAGUGAGAAUUGCACGCCUGAAAUUUUGACACCAUACCUAGAUGGGAUUGUUAACAAAUUACUUGUUCUUCUUCAGAAUGGCAAGCAAAUGGUGCAAGAGGGAGCAUUGACAGCUUUAGCAUCAGUAGCUGAUUCAUCACAGGAGCACUUCAAGAAAUACUAUGACGCAGUGAUGCCAUACCUGAAAGCUAUUUUGAUGAAUGCAACUGAUAAGUCCAAUAGGAUGCUUCGUGCCAAAUCCAUGGAGUGUAUAAGUCUGGUUGGUAUGGCUGUGGGCAAGGAUAAGUUCAGGGAUGACGCAAAGCAGGUCAUGGAAGUACUUAUGAGUUUGCAAGGAACUCCAAUGGAAACCGAUGAUCCGAUAACAAGCUACAUGCUGCAGGCCUGGGCCAGGCUGUGCAAAUGUCUUGGACAAGAUUUUCUUCCUUACAUGAGUGUUGUUAUGCCACCACUGCUUCAGUCUGCUCAGCUGAAGCCUGAUGUCACAAUAACUUCAGCUGAAUCAGAUGAUGAUAUAGAAUCAGAUGAUGAUAGCAUUGAAACAAUCACGCUUGGCGAUAAAAGAAUAGGUAUCCGAACAAGCGUACUAGAAGAGAAAGCAACAGCUUGCAACAUGCUAUGCUGUUAUGCUGAUGAACUCAAGGAGGGGUUCUUCCCAUGGAUUGAUCAGGUUGCUCCUACAUUAGUCCCCCUUCUUAAAUUUUACUUUCAUGAGGAAGUGAGGAGAGCUGCUGUUGCAGCUAUGCCUGAACUGCUACGUUCAGCAAAACUGGCUGUUGAGAAGGGGCAGGCUCCAGGACGUGAUGAAUCUUAUGUUAAACAAUUGUCUGACUACAUAAUUCCAGCUCUUGUUGAAGCAUUGCACAAGGAGCCAGAAACAGAGAUGUGUUCAUCCAUGCUUGAUUCAUUAAAUGAGUGCAUGCAGCUCUCUGGUAGACUCCUUGAUGAAAACCAAGUAAGAGCUGUUUCGGAUGAGAUCAAGAAUGUUAUCAUAGCCAGUGCUACCAGGAAAAGAGAGAGGUCAGAGAGAACAAAGGCAGAAGAUUUUGAUGCGGAUGAAGGAGAACUUCUCAAAGAAGAGAAUGAGCAGGAGGAGGAAGUGUUUGAUCAGGUUGGAGAGUGUCUUGGUACUUUGAUUAAGACCUUUAAAGCUGCUUUUUUGCCUUUCUUUGAUGAACUCUCUGUGUACAUCACACCUAUGUUGGGAAAGGAUAAGACUGCUGAAGAGAGAAGGAUAGCUAUCUGUAUAUUUGAUGAUAUUGCAGAGCAAUGUCGUGAAUCUGCUCUUAAGUAUUAUGAUACAUACCUACCUUUUCUGCUGGAGGCAUCCAAUGAUGAGAACUCAGAUGUCCGACAGGCUGCUGUCUAUGGUGUGGGUGUAUGUGCUGAGUUUGGUGGUCAUGUUUUUCGCCCUUUAGUUGGAGAGGCGUUGUCAAAGCUGAACAACAUUAUCAUGCAUCCUGAAGCAAAGCAUGCAGAUAAUAUUAUGGCAUAUGACAAUGCUGUUUCAGCGCUUGGUAAAAUAUGCCAGUUCCAUCGUGAUAGUAUUGAUGCAGCUCAGAUCAUUCCUGCAUGGCUUGGUUGCUUGCCUAUAAAAGAUGACAAGAUUGAAGCAAAAGUUGUGCACGAUCAGCUUUCCUCAAUGGUGGAGAGAUCGGACACAGAUAUUCUUGGUCCUCAAAGCCAAUAUCUUCCAAAAAUUGUUUCAAUUUUUGCAGAGGUUUUAUGUAAUGGAACAGAACUUGCUACAGAUGAAACCACCAAGCGGAUGGUCAAUCUUUUGAGGCAUUUCCAGCAGACCCUUCCGCCAGAUUUUCUUGCCAAAACAUUUUCCAGCUUGCAACCACAGCAGCAGCUUCUGCUUCAGUCCAUUUUGUCGACAUAGGUUUCUUUUAUUGCUGCAAGUUUAAAUCUUGCUCCUUUUUUGAUAUAUUUCAUCAUUGUUACUGUCAACCAAUUCUUUGUGUUUAAUCAUUUGUGGGUGAGUUCAUUUGUGAAUGCGCAUUGCUGGCUUCAAGGAAUUGGAAGGUUGCCAUUUCAUAUGGUUUUGGUGUAGAGUGUGUAUAUUAUCUUGUAUUCAGAUAUGGUUUUGGGACGUGCUGCAUCAGAGGUUGUAACUGAAAUGGUGAUAUUUGUUGUCAGAUUGAGCUGAACAGAUGCUGCGCCAGUUUUGGUAAUGAAGUUAAAAGUCAUAUUUUUGUGG